AUGGAGCUGAAGCGGAGCAUGGCGAUCCCACGGCUCCUCUGGCUGGGACUGUGCGCUGCUGUGCUCCGGGACGUCGCCGCCGCGGCAGGUAUGAAAUUUACAGGAUCUCCAAUCAAAUUAAAGGUGUCCCAGGGUCAACCCGUGAAACUAAAUUGCAGCCUCGAGGGAAUGGAAGAUCCCGAGAUGUUGUGGAUCAAGGACGGAGCAGUGGUGCAAAGCGUAGACCAGGUGUACAUUCCAGUAGAUGAAGAGCACUGGAUCGGCUUCCUCAGCUUGAAAUCCGUCGAGCGAACAGAUUCUGGGAAGUACUGGUGCCAGGUUGAGAACGGGGGGAAGAAGGAAGAAUCACAGCAAGUGUGGCUCAUAGUGGAAGGUGUGCCCUACUUUACUGUGGAGCCUGAGGAUGUGUCCGUGUCCCCUAAUGCCCCAUUUCAUAUGGCCUGUGCUGCUGUUGGUCCCCCUGAGCCAGUGACAAUUGUCUGGUGGAUGGGAGACUCUAGAGUGGGGCUUCCAGACAUCUCCCCCUCCAUCCUAAAUGUGUCAGGUAUUAAUCAAAGCACAGUUUUCUCCUGCGAAGCUCACAACGUAAAGGGAUUAUCUUCGUCUCGGACAGCCACUGUUCAGAUUAAAGCAAUGCCUCUUCCGCCUCUCAAUGUGACCGUGAGCCAGGUCAGCAGCAGCAAUGCCAGCGUGGUGUGGGUGCCGGGCUUUGAUGGGCGCUCGCCCCUCCGCUCCUGCACUCUCCAGGUGGCAGAAUCGCCGGAAGGCCGGGAGGUGUCCACGGAGGUAGCCCCGGUGCCCCCCUUUGCCUCCAGCGUGCAAGGCCUGAAGCACUCGACCAACUACAGCGUCCGUGUGCGCUGCAGCAACGAGAUGGGCAGCUCCCCUUUCACGGAGCGCGUCUACUUCCAGACUCUGGAGCUCGCUCCAAGCAGCACUCCACAAAAUAUCCAUAUUAUCCAAAUGGAGCCUGGUCUGAUUUUGGAGUGGGAAGAUGUGGCUCCAGACAUGCUGACAGAAAAUGUCCUGGGAUACAGGCUGGAGUGGAUUCAGGAUAAUGUAACUCAGGGGGAGAUGAUCGUGCAGGAGACAAAAGCUAAUCUCACCAUGUGGAAUCCUCUCAAAGACCUGAUCAUCAGGGUGUGUGUGCUGAACUCUGCAGGUUGUGGGCCCUGGAGUGAGUUCUUCCUGCUCGAAGCCCAGGAGGUCAUGGGUGGCCAGAGACAACCUCCUUAUGGGACAUCCUGGGUUCCUGUGGCACUGGGCAUUCUCACAGCUCUGGUCACAGCUGUUGCCCUGGCUCUUAUUCUUCUUCGAAAGAGAAGAAAGGAAACUCGGUUUGGCCAUGCCUUCGGCAGUGUGGUUGGGCGAGGGGAUCCGGCCGUCCAUUUCAGAGCUGCCAGGUCUUUCAACAGGGAGGGCCCAGAGCUCAUUGAAGCGACAUUGGAAAGUGUGGGGAUCAGUGAUGAGCUGAAGACAAAACUCAAAGAUGUCCUGAUCCAGGAACAGCAGUUCACCUUAGGAAGGAUGUUAGGCAAGGGGGAAUUUGGGUCAGUUCGAGAGGCGUUGCUGAAGCUGGAUGAUGGCUCUUUCCAGAAAGUGGCAGUGAAGAUGCUGAAAGCGGAUAUCUUCACCUCCACUGACAUCGAGGAGUUUCUGCGAGAGGCUGCCUGCAUGAAGGAGUUUGACCACCCACAUGUGACUAAACUGAUCGGAGUCAGUCUACGAAGUCGUCCGAAGGGUCGGCUCCCGAUUCCCAUGGUGAUCCUGCCUUUUAUGAAGCAUGGAGACCUUCAUGCUUUUCUGCUGAUGUCACGAAUUGGGGAAAACCCUUUUAACUUGCCUGUUCAGACACUCCUCAAGUUCAUGAUUGACAUUGCCAGUGGGAUGGAGUAUCUGAGCUCCAAAAACUUCAUACACAGGGACCUUGCAGCUCGGAACUGCAUGUUGGAUGAGAACAUGAACGUGAGCGUUGCAGACUUCGGGCUUUCUAAGAAAAUCUACAGUGGAGAUUACUACCGUCAGGGCUGUGCUUCCAAACUGCCAGUGAAGUGGCUUGCCUUGGAAAGCCUCGCUGAUAAUCUGUACACUACCCAUAGUGAUGUGUGGGCGUUCGGGGUGACCAUGUGGGAGAUCGUGACCCGUGGGCAGACCCCUUACGCUGGCAUUGAGAACGCAGAAAUCUACAACUACCUCAUCAGCGGGAACAGGCUGAAGCAGCCACCGGAGUGCCUGGAGGAUGUCUAUGAUCUCAUGUGCAGAUGUUGGCAUCCUGAGCCCAAGCUACGCCCAAGCUUCGGGGUGCUCCGUUACCAGCUGGAAAUGAUUCGGGGGAGGAUGUCCACGCUCUCUUCCAGCCAAGAUCCUCUCUACGUCAACAUCGGGAGGGACAAAGAGGACGCUGCGAGCGAGCCGGCCCUGCACGCCUCCUUUGGGGACGUGCACAGCGAGGAGAGCGUGGCCGGGGCAGCAGCCGCUGUCACCAGUGACUAUCGCUACAUCAUGAGCCCCCUGUGCCUUGGAGAGGACGCAGAGGGGGAGAGGCAUCCAGACGUGGCCGAAGGGGAGGACAAAAGCCUUCUGUAUGAGCUGGAGACAGAAGGGGAGAAAAGCUGCUAGUGUGUACAUAACUGUGUGCCGCUGCUUCCCGGGCCGGGCUGUGCGCAGCCACGGUGCUGCCGCGGCCGAGCAGCACAGGGUGCCCGGCGGCCCCUGCGGCUGUCACUGCAUGGGCUGCAGAGGCGGCGGCCGGGGGAGACCUCGGCCCUCCGGCCCCUCGGAUGUGCGGGACGAGGGUGUUGGGGCUCCAGGGUGGCUCUGCUCCUCCAAGAGGAGCGGGACGCUGAGGCGGGAGGUGGGAGCCUCUGCCCUGCUCCUUCUCACCCGCCGAGGCAGAGCCGACGGCGCCAGCUCCUCUGUCAGUGCUCGCGCUUGUGUAGAUGUUGUCGUCGACUCCGGCUGUGGAACCUCGGGCCUGGUACCUCUGAAAUCCCAGUGGGUAUUUACAGUGUCGUUCAGGACAACAGGGCGAGAUCCCCCUCGUGUUCAGUCAGCAGUACUGCCUAGAAAGGCUGCCUACCUCAGUGGUUCUCAAACUGCCCUCUGCGGAGCUGCUUCUGUCCAGCAGUGAUGUCAACAUCUGGCAUUUUUCAUGCAGUGACACUUGCUUCCUCGGGCCAGGGCUCUGUUUAGAGCUUCCGAUGCUUUGGGGAGCAUUGAAAUCAGAAACAAGGAAAAUCCAGCAUUCCUCUUCAAGCCUUGUACUUUUAUGUAUUUUUCUUAAUCUUCUGUUUGAUGCCAAUUCAGGCCUCACCAGACUUGCAGCUGGCAUUAGAAAGUGUGAAGGGAGACGGAGCAGCUGGCCGGGAUGAGGACCAGAUCCAUCCUCAAAGGGAUCAUGAAGAAGCCGCAUGGAGGGCACCUCCAGGAGAGGAAGCAGACAGCAUGGUCGCAGAACAGCAACCUGCAGCCUUGCAUCAGGUUCCGUGAGAGCAGGAUUCAGCAUUUGCUUAAAAUAGGAUGACUUUCAUCUUUCCCUUCAGUUGUCCUAUUACUUUUGCAGAUAACCAAGUGCUGUAGCUGCUGUAGGGAAGGGGUGAAAUCAGUCUGGAGAAGGUGCGUGCGCUGGGGGAAGGGGUCUCAUUGGAAGAACUCUUUGGAAAGAGAGGGUCCUCGCUAAGAAAAAGCUUGAGAACCACUGGCCAUCCUAUUAGGGAGGCCUUCAGGCACGCUGUAAAAUCCACAUCAGAUCAUAGGCUAGUAUCACUGCAGCCUUACAUGCAGGGCAAAAUUAGUGUUUUUGCUCUUUGGGUUUUGUUUUCCAAUCAGCAUGUCUGACUCACUAUAACUGCAAGCGCUUGUGUGUUUUUUAAUAAUUUAAUAUUUUAAUGUAAAUCAGCAUUUGUUUUGUGCAGUGGUUCUCGGCACUUGCAAGUAAGUGCGGCUACAUCUUACUCUAUCUAUUUAUCCUAAAUACUUGCUCGAUCUUAAUUUGUUUCAUUUCCAGAGCCCUGAAAACUCAGCGGUAUCCCAUGAUUUAAAAUACCACAUGGCUCUGCUUUAGAAGCAAAUACCAUAAAUGUCAUAAUUUGCUGAGUUGUCCAAGGUGGGACCAGUAUGUUAAAGUAGAUUGCAGACUUGGUAUCAGAACUCUCCAUCCUUCAAUGCCCAAUAUUUGGUUAUUGUUGGUGCGGGGGCUAACUGCAAAAUUCAGGUCUGGUUUCAGCCCCUGUUGUGAACACUUCCUAGGGAAGGGAAAUUUCAGCCUGGGGUUUGGGCAUGGGUCCUUUCUAUAAUGUUUCCUCUUAAAUGAUGUCCUACAGACAUCUGCAGACGUUCAGUACAGUUUCUCAGUCACGUAUACAAACUGCACCAUCUUAUAGCCCAGGCAGUACAGGGUUUAUCUGUUUGUGUAGCUGGGCUGCUGUGAGUGCAGGUGAGAAGAUAACACCUAGCAGAGUACGACAAACCCCGUGCACAUGUUUGCAGGUUUGUGCUCCCUGCAGCUGCCUGGGAUGUGCAGAUGUACAUACAGACUAACUUUGGGAAGCAUGGCAUUAGUUUUUAUGCAUUUUUUUAAUAAUAAAACAUGUACUGUGUCUGAGUAGCAGCUCUUUAUCUGUGACAGAGUUUGUAGUGAUGUUCUGGAAGGAUUUUUUUC